AUGACGAGCUUCCUCCCCGCCCUCCACGGCGUCCAAGCAGCCCUAAGCGCCUACGGCCUCUAUACAGCCUACAACUCCAUCACGAACCUCCAAAAGUACGAGAAGAAGUCCGAGAAGGCGGCCAAGUGGUCCGACACCGCCGCGCACCAGCUGCACAAAACCCGCACGACGCAGGCGAGCGGAGCGGUCGCUAUCCUCACAUCCCUCCUCUCCUCCCUCCCCCUCCUCUACUCCACCCCCGCCCCCACCACAACCAUCCUCCUCCUAAACAUCGUCAACGUAGCCGCAACGCUAGGCGCGCGGAUCCACCUGCAGAAUUUCUGGGAGGGAAAAGCCAAGGUGCCGUUCGUAGAGGGGUACAACGAUGCCAUCAGCCAGACGGACGCGAUCAUGCAGCAGCUCGCGGUGCUGACGGGCGUUUGGGCGCUUAGUGCUGGGUUGACGCUCGCGGGGUUGGUUGUGUGA